GUUAGUGUCCUAACUAUGCGGUUAACGUUCUAAAACGCCAACAUAUAUAGCUAGGAAACUAACGCGCCACACAAGAAUAUAGUCAGGACUCGCUCGGUACUGAUCACUACUGACACUAAGGAACCCACCCAACGUCAUUAUGAAUUCUACCGUCAAAGUUUUCAUGAUCAAGUGGCUUACCAUGAUCCUAUAUGCUGCCGCCACAAACGCUAAAUGCAACUCCUCUUCUGCUAUUGGCUACAUGCUAACUGGUCACGUGUACAGGGAUUUCUCCGCCCCAGAGCCCUUGCAGUGCUACUCGGCCUGCAAAGAAGAAGAACCACAAUGUAGGAGUUUCAACUUCCACGCGGACAAGAGGAUCUGUGAACUGAACAACCAUUCAAAGGAAAGUCGUCCUUCUAACUUUGUCCCUAGGGAUGUGACUGUGUACUUCCAUAGCUGUUACAGAGAUGGUCUUGGCCAAACAAAGGCACUAGCUGCCAACUCCUGUGCAGAAAUCCUUGAAUACGAAGACUCUGUCGGAGAUGGUUGGUACUGGAUACGCACUGACCCUGCAAGAAACGAAAGCGCAGAGAUUUACUGCAAUAUGACAAAUGGCGGAAAUAUGUCAUCGUCGUUCGAUCUCAUCUUUCCUACAACACGCAACACAACUAACUAUGCAAUAAUUGACACAACCAUUGGAACCUUGAGUGCUUUUACGGUCUCCCUGUGGUUGAAAACAACCGAGAAGAUACUGGCGCCUUUUUCGUAUGCAGUGCCGUCUCAGAUGAAUGCGAUUCUGCUCAUUAUAGACGAAACUGGGUUUCUGAGAUUUCUUGUGAACAACAACCAACUUGAUGGUCAAGUACGAAGCCUUGACGAUAACGCAUGGCAUCACGUGGCUGCCACGUGGGAAAGUGUGACUGGGCAUGCGCAAGUCUUCAUUGACGGAGUCCUAACUUUAAACAAAGCAAGCAUUUCUCUUAACACCAAUAUCGCUGCCGGAGGAAAAAUCGUGCUCGGACAGGACCAAGACACCAUGGGAGGAGGCUUUGAUAUUCUGCAGUCCUUUGCUGGCGAGUUGACUCAUGUCUAUCUCUGGGAUACCGUUUUGAGCGCUGACGUUAUUGCGCAGAUGUCACGUGUCUGUAAGGAGUUCCCGUACCCUGGUCACGUGGUUGGCUGGAAGGAUUUCGAUGGAAGUCUACACGGGGAGGUCCUGCGUCGGAAUCUAUCUCGAUGUAAGCUUGAACAAGCUUGAGACUGAAGUUAUUUUCCAGUUUGUCAGCCAUUUUGAAAGUUUACCACGCCUUUGCAUGAAAGCACGCCAAGAAUGCCAAGCUCAGCCAAUCAGUAUCGAGAAUUCUGCAGAAGAAAAAACAAAUAUAGCGAUACUUCAUCGUGUUUGCUAACAAAACCAUUGAGGUGUUAAUAUGCCAAUCAUUGUCACAAAAGCUCUUCACAAGGUCCUUUGUGUGUCACCAGCCAAACGCGAUCUCUGGUUGACAGAUGAUCAAAGGCUUAAGUGUCAUAUGAUGUAUAGCUAUUGGAUGGCAUACAAAAAAUGUCAGUCAAAUGACUGUAUUUAAAAUGACUGUAUUUUACCGUUUCUUCUCUAAACACUAGCUGAUUUUCUCAACUUAGGAUAAAAAUUAUUUGCACUUGACAUAGCCCUCAGGCUGUACAUCAGUCAAAGAGUUAAAUUAAAAAGUUUCAAACAC